UUUUUAAAAAGGAUAGAGAGAGAUAAAUUUUUUUACAAAUAAGAAUCAAAGGGCCUGUAAUUACUGUAUCCUAUCAAUAUCCUCCCUUGUUCUCGUCGACAUCCCGAUAAUAUUUUUUCCUUUGUUGUUGGUGGAAAAUGGAAAUGGAGAAGAGAAAUGAAGCAGAUAUAGAGGUUAUACACUCAUGGUCGGCGCCCAGGUCCCUCAGCACCAGCCUCAUGUACUCUUUUGCUCAGAGAGAUGACAUGGAAGUGCUUGACGAACCCCUUUAUGCAAAUUUUCUUAGGGUAACAGGGGUGGAGAGGCCCUAUCGAGAAGAGCUUUUGUCAAAGAUGGACUCUGAUGGAAAUAAGGUUGUGAAAGAGAUUAUUUUUGGCCCUGGCCAGAAAAAAUAUCGGUACUGCAAGCACAUUGCUAAACAACGUUUACCUGGAUUGACAGAUGAGUUACUGAAAAAAGGAAAGCACUUCAUACUAAUACGAAAUCCCCUUAAUAUUCUGCCAUCAUUUGAGAAGGUUGUGGCCCCAUCCUUUCUUGAGCUUGGGUUGGCUAGCUUGGUCUCCGUUUACAGUGAGCUGUGUGAACUAGGAAAGCCCCCUCACAUUAUUGAUGCAACAGCGCUUCAAGAAAAUCCCGAGGCUGCCUUACGUGGUCUAUGUGAAGAUCUCAAUAUUCCAUUUCAAGCUUCUAUGCUGAAAUGGGAAGCUGGGCCAAAAUCAGUUGAUGGGAUUUGGGCUCCCUGGUGGUAUAAAAGGGUACAUAACUCAACAGGUUUUGCACCACCAAGAAAGUAUCCUUCGCCAUUCCCGUCAUCUUUGUAUGAUUUGCUGGAGCAAAGUUUACCCUUUUACAACAUGCUUAGGCAUCAUGAAUUAAAAAGAAGUUACUUUAUUAAAUCUCCCCAUCCCAAACUUCCAAAUUCAGCCAAUGAGAAGCUGCUUGUUUGGGUUGGCAAUGAUAUUGUGCCCCGUGAAAGCGCGAAGGUAUCAGUGUUUGAUUCUGUUGUCCAAGGAGGUGAUGCUGUUUGGGAGGGAAUUCGAGUUUACAGUGGGAAGAUAUUUAAGCUUGAAGAGCAUCUAGAUAGGUUGUUUGAUUCAGCAAAAGCUCUAGCUUUCAGAAACAUGCCAUCUCGUGAAGAGGUCAAGGAAGCCAUUUUCAAAACUCUCAUAAGGAAUGGAAUGUUUGAUAAUGCACAUAUCAGGCUGACUCUGACGCGUGGGAAAAAGGUAACUUCUGGAAUGAAUCCAUCACUCAACCUCUAUGGAUGUACCUUAAUUGUUCUUGCAGAAUGGAAGCCACCAGUCUAUGACAAUGCAAGAGGUAUAACUUUGGUGACAGCAACUACACGUCGUAAUUCACCAAAUAAUUUGGAUUCUAAAAUUCAUCACAACAACCUCCUCAACAACAUACUGGCCAAGAUAGAAGGGAAUAACGCCAAAGCUGAUGAUGCCCUUAUGCUUGAUAAAGACGGUUAUGUGUCAGAAACGAAUGCUACAAAUAUUUUUUUAGUGAAAAAAGGCUGUAUAGUGACACCUCAUACUGAUAACUGUUUACCUGGCAUAACUCGAGCCACAAUUAUGGAGCUUGCUAUUAAAGAAAAUUUGGUUGUAGACGAACGCCGUGUCAGUUUAUCAGAGUUUCAUACUGCAGAUGAGGUGUGGACAACAGGAACUCUGGGAGAACUCAGCCCGGUUAUUAGGGUUGAUGGACGCAUGGUAGGUGAUGGUAGAAUCGGACCUGUGACUCAAAGAAUGCAGAAGGCUUACAUGAAAUUUACAGCAGAAUCUGGUGUGCCCAUCCCAACUUACCAAGAGUGUUGAGAAAUAUAAUUCAAGGGUCAUGUCACCUUGCCUUGAGACAUUUCCACAGGAAAGGUGAAGACGGGCAGUCGUCAUUUAUGCUUUCAGAUACUGGGGGUUUGAUUUCUUUGUAAUUUGUUGCUGUUUUAAAUUUCCUGUCCUUAAACAUCGUGCCCAUGCCAACAAGAUUGGCAGCCCUGUUGACUUUGACUGUGAAGUAUGGAAUCAUUUUUUAUUUAAAGAGAGUUGGGGCUCUCGAUUGCCAUUCCUGAAUCCGAUAAAGGAAUAGAGUAAGGGCAAUACAACUUCUCUCUUUUAAGUAAUUGAAGUGCGCUCUUACGAAGUGAGACUUGUCCUGCAAUCUUAUAUUAUUGUCA